AUGAACAUGGAAAAACAAGGCCGCGAUAGCGUUCUCCAUUCCCUAUACCUACGAGUUAAAGAGUAUAAACAUGUCUUCUUAUCUCUCGACGACCUCAAAGCACUUGGGAUUCAAGCUUCCCAGGUUGAAACAUCUCAGGAUGGGGACAUACAUUUCAAUCCGUGCUUCUUCCAGCCUUACCCAGAACGAGUGCUCCAAAAAUAUCCACUCGACAAUCCGAACGGCAUAACUGACCUCAACUGUCCAGACCUCGACUAUUUUCUGAGAAAAGUUGAACGAGAAUAUCCAGACCAAAAGUACCCUAUCAUAAAAGCAAAGUCUUUGUACAAAAAAUACUUGAGUUCCUGGCCCGAGGACCAGUGGGAACUGAGAGCCCUUGAAACAGAAACUCAUGUGGAGUGCCAAAUUUCGUCCCUCCGAAAGGGAAGCACAGGGCUUUUCUUCACUGGAGAUUUGACAGAAUUUCAAUCUUGCAAGAAACACUAUGAAAGGAAACACGGGGACCCUGGUGACUUUGAAUCUGGCUUUCCGUAUGAAAUUUGCUGGACAGUGAGGUCUAGGGCAGAUCUUUGUGAUACUAUCUCUCCCAGACCACAUAGCAUCGUGUGCACUACCGCAGCCGUUCCCGCAAGCGAUGCCCACCAGUGCCUUGCUAUCCAUGAAGUUAGAGCAAUUGUAUACUUGAUGCUCCCUCGAGUCUCUCACGGACGCUUUAAACACGCACAUAUCCACCCAGUGAGUUUACGUUUUCGUACUUAUAACCUCAGGUUCACAACACUGACGAUAUUUAGCUCUUGCUUAUUUCAUACACGGGUCGCAAGCAUGGUCGGAUCAUCUAAGCCUCCUAUGAUGGUGAGCUCACUAUACAAUAUUCUCAGCUGUGGAGCUUUCGGAGUGAAGCUACGGCGCCGGUGGAGCUGUUUGUUCGCUACUAUCUGA